CCUUUUCUUCUUCUGUGUACGCAAACAACCCAGACAGCCCCCGCCCAACUGAGAAGAGAAUCCUAAAGCAUUCUUCCCCCAAUAAUUUUCUCUGACUUUCUCGCCAUUAUCCCGGUGUUUUUCUCGGCAACCAAACAAGUUUUCCCUCCAAUUUUUCAUCUCUCAGCUGUUACAUGGCCACUAAAUUGUACCACAACGGUUUUCUAUCUCCAAGCUCUUCAAAUCCAUGGAAUUCGCUUAAACCAGCUAGAAUACAUGAUUCCUGCAACAAAGUGGUUGAUUUGGAUCACCUAUUAAGUAACUGGGCUUAUCCAAAGAGAAGAUGCCUUAUAAGAUUUUCUGUGUUAGAGCACAGUAAUUGUUAUAGUCUUAAUCUCCGAGCAGAGGGCAAUUGGAAACACUGUCUACAUUCUCUAAAAUCUAGAAGAACGGAUAGCCUGGUUCCACUUGCAUCUGCUGAUGAUGGUGUUACGGUCAAUGGGAGUCCCCAAGCUAGCACCAGUAGGGAUGUUGAGGAGAUAAAAGUCAAGCUUAAUCAAUCAUUUCAAGGUGAAGAUUCUAGUGAUGGACUUGUCCAAUAUUUACAUGAAGCAGCCAGGGUUUUUGAGUUAGCCAUGAAGGAACAGGGUUCAUUGUCAACGUCUUCUUGGUUUUCAACUGCAUGGCUUAGCAUAGACAGAAACGCCUGGCUCAAAACACUGUCUUAUCAGGCUUCAGUGUAUUCCUUAUUGCAAGCAGCGAGCGAGAUUGCAGCUCGAGGGGAUGGUAGAGACAGAGACAUAAAUGUUUUUGUCCAAAGGAGUAUAUUAAGAGAAUCUGCUUCCCUUGAGAGCUUAAUCCGGGAUCAACUAUCAGCCAAGCAACCUGAAGCUUAUGAGUGGUUUUUCUCUGAGCAAGUGCCGUUGGUGGUAACAUCCUUCGUUAAUUAUUUUGAAGGCGACCCACGCUAUACUGCUGCAACCAAUGUGUCUAGCAAGGGAACACACUUGGGGUCUAGCAAUGCUAGUCACAUAUCUCUCCUCAUGCUUGCACUGACAUGCAAUGCCGCAAUUACAAAACUUGGGCAAGCAAAAGUUUCUUGCCCUCAUUUCUUUUCGACAAUCCCAGAUAUAACUGGUAGAUUCAUGGACAUGCUGGUUGAUUUUGUUCCUAUACACCAGGCUUAUCUUUCUAUAAAGGAUAUAGGUCUGCACAGGGAGUUCCUUGUUCAUUUUGGUCCUCGAGCUGCAGCAUGUAGAGUAAAAAUUGAUCAAGGUUCAGAAGAAGUUGUUUUCUGGGUGAAUCUUGUACAGAGGCAGCUGCAGCGAGCUAUAGAUAGAGAACGAAUAUGGUCAAGACUAACAACAUCUGAAAGUAUUGAGGUAUUGGAGAGGGAUCUGGCUAUAUUUGGAUUCUUUAUUGCCUUGGGUAGAAGCACACAGUCCUUUCUAUCGGCAAAUGGAUUUGAUGUGUUAGCUGAACCGAUUGGAGGCUUUGUUAGGUUCUUGAUUGGGGGCAGCAUCUUAUACUAUCCUCAGCUUUCAUCAAUAAGUUCUUAUCAAUUGUAUGUAGAGGUAGUCUGUGAAGAGCUAGACUGGCUUCCAUUUUUUCCAGGCAUUUCAGGCACCCCAAAACAAUCACAUGGGCGUAAAAGUAAACGGGAAGGACCUCCCAAUUAUGAAGCAAUUCCCCAAGCUUUAGAAGUAUGUUUUCAGUGGAUGCAGAGUUUUAUCAAAUACAGUAAAUGGCUGGAGGACCCUUCUAAUGUUAAGGCAGCGAGAUUCUUGUCUAGAGGGCACAACAAAUUGGUGGAGUGUAUGGAAGAACGCCGUAUAUUAAAGAAUGAAAAUAUGAAAAGCUAUAGCAAUAACAUUGCUGAGAGGACUAGACCUAGAACUCAUCCACCAGCUGGGAAAGAAUUGGAUACUUUUGACAAGGCCUUGGAGAGUGUUGAAGAAGCCGUGAUAAGACUAGAAAAGUUGCUUCAGGAUUUACAUGUAUCAAGUUCGAACUCAGGAAAAGAGCAUAUACAAGCUGCUUGUUCUGACCUUGAGAAGAUAAGGAAGCUUAAAAAAGAGGCUGAAUUUCUGGAGGCAUCUUUCCGAGCAAAAGCAGCUUCCCUUCAGCAGGAAGGUAAUCGCUCCCAGUCUUCUACUAACAAGCAGCAACAGUUCUUUAAAAGGAAAAGUAGAAAGAAUGGGGGCAAUAGAGCUGUCAGUAAAUCUCGCAGUUUGUGGAGCUCCCUAAUGCGCCGUCCAACUGGAAAGCCCAAUCAUGAGUUGAUUGGGGAUCAAUCUGAUAAUGAACUUAUUGAGCAGAGUGCUUCAAGUAUUGAAUUUGAAGAGCCAGAAUCAAGUAAGAUUCAGCGUUUUGAACUUUUACAGAAUGAGCUGAUAAAACUUGAAAAACGGGUGCAAAUGAGUGCUGAUCAAUCAGAAAAUGAGGAGGAUCUUAAGUCUGUUGAUGAUAGUCCUAACUAUGAGGAUGAUGUCGGAGCUGCUCAACUACUCCAGGUUCAGAAGAAAGAGAAUGUCAUUGAAAAAUCGAUUGACAAGCUAAAAGAAGCUAGCACGGAUGUGUGGCAAGGAACUCAAUUGCUAGCUAUUGACGUUGGUGCUGCUAUGGGGUUGCUUAGAAGGGUCUUGAUUGGAGAUGAACUGACAGAAAAAGAAAAAAAAGUUCUACAGAGAACUCUGACCGACUUAGCAUCAGUUGUUCCUAUCGGUGUUUUAAUGCUUCUUCCAGUCACUGCAGUUGGACAUGCAGCAAUGUUGGCUGCUAUUCAGAGAUAUGUACCAGCUCUGAUACCAUCAACAUAUGGUCCGGAAAGGUUGAAUCUCUUGAGGCAGGUUGAGAAACUGAAGGAAAUGGAAAGCAGUGAAGACAGUUCCAACGAAAAUGUGGAGGAACUAGCCUGAAUAGAAGCCAAUGCUGAUUAUGUACAGUUGUCUGUAAAUAAAUUUUCAAAUCUGAGGCACUCCGGGUAAGCACCAGUGGCUGCAGUCUUGUGGAGCAUCAACUGGAGUUCCUGGCUCACGAUACUUUGAGGGGUGACCAUCCUUCCUGAACUCUGUUAGAUACGUGAUGUUUAAGAACUGGACCUUCCACUUUUCGUAUUCCAACUGUUUGAUUGAUUCAGAAAUGUAGAGAUUAUUCACCGGGUCAACUGCAAGAUUUUUGUAGUCUGUUUCUGGCUCUGAAUAGGUAUCACACCCACCCCCUUCAUUCCAUGUGCCGUUCCUGCAACUUCGCAUGUUAAAACCUCAUCGAUUCAUUAACCAUCAAUUCCUUACUUUUACGCCAUGUUUGGCAGCAACUAUUAAGGAACAGCAAGUUGUAAAGUCACCAAGUUACACUAAUUGCCUUUCAUUCUUUUGGUUUGAAGUAUGUAAAUGGAAGUUUUCAUAGUCA